UUGGGACAGCAGGCAGAGAAAUAUUCAUAUACCCGCAACAAGAGCAGUUGCAAAGCCCUCAUUCAUAAAUAGAUAACAUUUGAGUAAUCAAUACGUUUAGCAUCAACAGGCGACGGCUAGACGGAUAGGAAUGAAUAUUAGAGUUAACAGUGGGAGACACACUGCUUGCUUAGCAAUACAGCCAACAAGCUGACCAGCAGCUCAAACUUGGUAAUUGAUAAGCAUUGCAGGGUUAGCUAGUUAGCCACACUGGCUAGUCCAAUUUACGUUUGCAACCUGACUCCGGCUUUUGAUCACGCCAGCGAGCAAAUUGCGUGCUUUUUGUGCAAAAAGCUAGCUGCACCGGCCUCGAGUUAACCACAGGCCUGAUGAUGGUCACAGAUCUUUACUGCAGGAUACUUGCAGUGCCUUGAAAACCCAGAGAUCACCUGAAAACUAACACCAGCUCAGCCUACUGCACCUGAUUUCUUUUAUCCGUAUAUGACACAGUAUAUACAUUUACACAUAUUGUUAUGUAUAGAAUGUGAACAAAUUUUUAGAACAUCAAACUUGUGAAUGACAUUGAAGAGUCAGAUCAUUUUUUUUAAAUGGUGGAAGACAAUUAUCAAUCCAUUUUAGGCCUCAUUUUUAGGUCAAGGUUUUUGAAUUAAGGACUAUUUUAAAAUUGUAGCCUGAUGAACGGAGCGUACGUCCCCCAUACCCACGUAGAUCGCAGGGAUCACUUGAUCCGACACCUUUGAUGAUCAGUUGGGUUUAAAUUGAUCACUCUUUUUGUAAGUCAUGAAUGGCUCCCUCUUAACUCCGCCCAGCCCACGUGCUGCUGCGGAUUCAUCUACUCUUCUGCCCUCCCCGUCUCCUUCCCCUUCUCCUCCAUCCCCAUCACUGUUGCCUCUCUCUACAAGACCCCCACCUUUACCUCCUCCAACUCCUAUUGGUCAGCCCUUGUCAUCGUUAUCUGACACGCCCACACCAUCUCCAUCUCCUUGCCUUAGCUGGACCGAGUUCUGUGAGCUCCAUGCACGGGUAGCUGCUGGGGACUUUGCCCGUCAUUUUCGGGCGUUCUUGCAGGAGAACCCGCAUUACUCUCCUGAUUCUGCAGCUGCUUUUUGUCGGCGCUUCACCGACAGAUUUGUUCAACAUUUCGAGAGUGAACUUGAGGGGACUGCCAUCGGUAGGGAGGGAACAGGUAGCUGGGUUGCCCAAUCGGAUGUUACAUCAUUGGAGGAGGAUGCCACGUCUCCACCGUUGCUGCCAUCAGAGGCCACCACCCCCAUCCCGUCCUCUCAGAUGCGGGCUGUGCCCAAACCUUUGUUGACCCUGCAUGGACAGGAGAGCCAUGGCGGGGAAAGAUUCCAGAACACUGCAGCAUUUCAGGACUCGUAUGCUCAUACGCAGAUUCUCCUGCCUUCCUCAUCUUCAUCUUGCUCUUCCUCUAUGGGUGGGAAUAAUGGGCGGAGGGAGGAUAGGGGACUGAUAGUUAAACAGUAUCCUCACAAUCCGUCUGGCUACAAUGAUCUGGAGGAAGAGGAGGACAGCUGGGCGGGGCCUGUGACCGAAGAGGAGGUAGAGACGGACUUGGUAGAAAAGGACAAUGAGGCAGAGGGCGAGGUUACUUCAGAAACUCCGACAUGCCCCUAUCCAUCUGACACACCAGCAAACUCUGGGUCAAAAGGCAAUGGAACACCCAUGGGGGGACACUCCAAAAACAAACUCAAAAAGCGAUUUUCUCUGCGCAGUGUGGGCCGCAGUGUCAGGGGGAGUGUACGAGGCAUCUUACACUGGCGUAGUUCCUCCAGUGACUCCCCUCAGAACUGCAGCUCAGGUAACUCUGCCCCUCUACCUUCCAGUUACAGUUACACUACAGGCCUGCAAGAUGGCAAGAGGAACUCCGGCUCCCAGGCAGUUCCCUCUUCUCUCCCUGUCUCUCUCUCCCUUCCCCUGUCCCUGCCUCACUCUUCCUCCUCUUCUUUGCCCCCAUCCUCCUCUAGCAGUGCUACCUCCCUCUCUUUUUCCGAGGCCCGUGAUUGGCGAAGGAGCAAUGGAGAUGGGGAAAAAGAGAAGUGGAGUCACCGCUUGGAGAAGUUGCGACUGUCCCGUUCACCACCAGCAACUCUAUCCACUGCAACUCCAGCUUCCUCAGCCAUGUCACCCUCUGCGCUGCCUCCUAGCAGUGCUGGUGCACCCAGAAAGAUGGGCAGGCUGGUUCGGGAGGGAGGGGUGACCGUGUGCUCGUCUUUGGAUGAGUUUGCCAGCACUCAUGGUUUCCAAGGAUUUUCCUUUGGACUCCUGCACCACGGUACAGACAACAGCAACACCGCAUCAGUGCAUCCUCCAGCCACUGGGGGAGCUGUGGGUAGACGGGGUAUGCGCUGGCACAAGUGCCGUCUAGUACUGAAAGAACGCGAUAAGGAUGGAGGGGAUGGAGGGCUUGAAUAUUUCCUGGAGUUUUACCUUCCACCAAAGUCCUCCAAGCCUAGACUGUCUAUCCCAUGCUGCUCUAUUGUUGAUGUGAGGAGCACUACAGCUAUAGAGGUGCCAGACAAAGAGAAUACCUUCCUUCUACAGUUGGAAGGUCAGGUGCAGUACGUUAUCGAGACAAGAGAUGCGGUUCAGAUGAGGGCUUGGCUUAGUGACAUCAGAAACGCCAUCUGCCUGAGUGAGCAAGAGGAUGUUGAGGGAGUUUGUGGCAGUGCUCUCACUGACCUCAGUGGCACGCCGGAAUUCAGUGACCGCCUGUCUCAAGUGUGCUACGGUGGAGUUGGUGGUUCUCCCCGAUUGGAGUCUCUACCUCCUGAGUUACCACCCCGGGCCCCUCUUGACGAAUCGGACAGCCGAUUGCUUAGUGGGGGCGGAACUGGUCUUGGUACACCUUUUGCUGAAACCCCUGAUGCAACAGGGUCGUUCCUAUUCUCGGAAGGUUCUGUGUCAGAGACAGUGGAGCAUCCUUUGAGUGAGUGUCAGUGGUUCCACGGCACACUCUCCCGUCUUAAGGCGGCCCAGCUGGUGCUGGCAGGUGGCAUGGCCAGCCAUGGAGUCUUCCUCGUUAGGCAGAGCGAGACCCGGCGUGGGGAAUACGUCCUCACCUUUAAUUUCCAGGGCAAAGCAAAGCACUUGCGUCUCUCCCUGAACGAAGACGGACAGUGUCGAGUGCAGCAUCUUUGGUUCCAGUCCAUUUUUGACAUGCUGGAGCAUUUCCGUGUGCACCCUAUUCCCCUGGAGUCUGGGGGCGCCUCUGAUGUCACUCUCAUCAGCUUUGUGGGGGCCACGAAUGUCCGGCAGCCAGACUUGACCAGCAGACCCCGUAGUCCUCCUCAGCCACCUCCUCCGCCUCUGCCUCCCGGACGCCCUCCACCCCCGACCCCACCGCAGGACCGAGGGAGCGAAACUGAGGCUGCGGGAGGAGGGGGAGCAAGCAGCGGGGCGGAGGAGUGUGAGGAACGAGAGAGGGAUCCACUUCUUCUCCAGCUGGAAGGGGCGGAGGGCGAGGAGCGGGAAGGAGGGAGGGCGAGAGCCAUCGACAACCAGUACUCCUUCUUCUGAGGUGGGAUCGAGGAGGAAGAGGAGAGCCCUUCGCAAUCAGUGUUUUUUUUCCUUCGUUGGAAGAACUGACCGAGGGGUCACAGAACCGAGUUAUUAACACUAUUAAACAUGAGCUUUCACAGAGCAAGCGAGCAAGAGAUAGAUGUAGAGAAAGAGAGAGAGAGACACCCAUACAUACGUAUAUACAGUACUGUGCAAAUGUUUUAGGCACUUGUGAAAAAUGUUGCAUAGUGAGGAUGUCUUCAAAAAUAAUGCCAUAAAUAGUUUUCAUUUAUCAGUUAACGUCAUACAAAGUCCAGUAAACAUAAAAAAGCUAAAUCAAUAUUUGGUGUGACCACCUUUGCCUUUAAAACAGCACCAAUUCUCCUAGGUACAUCUGGACACAGUUUUUCUUGGUUGUUGGCAGAUGGGAUGUUCCAAGCUUCUUGGAGAAUUCGCCACAGUUCUUCUAUCUAUUUAGGCUGUCUCAAUUGCUUCUGUCUCUUUUAUGUAAUAUCAGACUGACACAAUGUUCUGUGGGGGGCUCUGUGGGGGCCAUGACAUCUGUUGCAGAGUACCCUGUUCUUCUAUUCUAAUCUUUUCUUUUUGCAAAAGUAAUGUUUAGGAGUAUAAAAUGUAUUUUUCCUAUUGACACACUAAAGCUGAAAAUAUAAAUAACCAUCUUAUGACAAAUGUUUUUGUGAAACAUCUUAAGUGCCUAAAACUUUUGCACAGUACUGUAUAUAUAUGACACUGACGGUACACCAUUAAAACACUAAGUAACGGUACUACACUAAAUUGGAGGUGGUUUGUGAAAAUAUUUAUCAGCUUUUACUAAUUUGUUCUCCAGUGUUUGUCAAUGCUAAGGUUCGUCUUCUGGUACUGCUGCAAGGGAAGGUACAACAACUACAGACUGUGCAGUCCCACUGAAUGGUACCACACCACUGAGCUGGUGUUGUGUUUUUAGACACUUCAUGAAUGAACGAGUGUGUCCUUCACAUCACAAUUUAAGUGACUCCCUUAUUCAUUCAGUUAUCUAGUAUUGCCUGGCCCUUCGCACUUAUAUAAGAGUUGUUUUUUUUAUUUUGUUUUUUACCUCAGGUUAGCAGAUAUUUUUACUUGUUCAGAGAUUGAUUGUUACCCACCAGCACUCUUAUUAUACUGGAGCAUUUUAAUUGUUUUGUUUUAUUUGUUAUGCCACUGACAAACUACGAAUGUCAAAAAGUAAUAACUUAAAACUGUUUUGUUUCUUCCUGUUUAUUUCAAUUUUACUGAUUGUUAGUUCAAUUUCAGGCAUUGCCUAGGGCUUUACAAUGCCAAAAAAAGCCCAGUCCUCUAAAAUCUAGUAGUAUCGCUUAUUAAGGUUAAUUUUGAUAUUAAACAUCUCCAUAGACGUUAUUACCUCAGAGUCCUGAUCUGUCACCCAGCUCCUCCUCUCUGACGAGAGUACAGCAUUCAGAGCCAGGACAACAACAACCUCUACUCUCCCUCUCUCUUACUUUAUAUCCUAUCCUUCCUUUUAGCUUUACAAUCUUUUGUUUUAUUGGUGCGUUUAUUUCAAAGGUAGAGUCCAGAGGAAGAGAGAAUGUCCUUCUUUUAAAAGAGAAAUUGUUGAGUAUGUUAAUGACAAUAAUAACUGAUGAUAAUAAUAAUGAAUUUAGUAAUUGUCUGAAUAAUAGUAUUAUUUUAUUUUUGUUUUUCAAAAAUGCCUUUAUUUUAUGUUGUUUACUAUGUGGACACAUAAUAUUUAUUCUCCAAAAUCUGUUUUCUGUUUCUAAUUUUUUGUGCCUUUUUAUAUCUCUUCUAAUCUCACUCUGUCCCUCACUGCUGUCCCUUUCAAUUGCUUCGGUUUUCACAAAUUUCAGAAAAAGAAAAAAAAAGUCCUUUUCUUCUCGUGCCUUUUCAUGUUGUUAAUUGUCAUUCCCUCUUGUUUUGUGCCAGUCAUUCUUGAUUUUGUGCAUCAGUCUUUUUCCGUGUCUGCCAUCCAGUUCAGUGCCUGCAUCUGUCUCUUCCCCCCUUCCCUUUCAUUUUAUUCCUCUUUUCCUGUCUCCGUUUCAGUUGUUCUCCUAAAGGAAUAUUGCUGGUUCAAUACAAGUUGAGAUCAAUCGACAGCAUUUGUGGCAUAAUGUUGAUUACCACAAAAAAUUGUUUAGACUCGUUCUUCCUUUAAAAAAAAAAAAUCUAGUUUACAGUGAGGCACUUACAAUGGAAGUGAAUGGGGCCAAUUUUUGGAGGGUUUAAAGGCAGAAAUGUAAAGCUUAUAAUUGUAUAAAAUACUGGGUUGCAUUAAUCGGCAUGUCAAAAAAGUUGUAAAAUUAGAUAUAACUUUACACAGAUUUUAUCACAAAUCACAUUAAAAUGCAUAUUGUUUGUCUUGUGGCUAUACUUUUGAAACAUUUUAACAUUUACAGGUUGGCCCCAUUCACUUCCAUUGCAAGUGCCUCACUGUAACCCAGAUUCUUGCUUUUUGGUUAAGACAAUGAGGGACAAGUUGAAAUUACUUUUUUGUGGUAAUCAACAUAACGCCACAAAUGCUGUCGAUUGAUCUCAACUUGUAUUGAACCUGGAAUAUUCCUUUUAAUUCUACAGAUCAUUCACUAUGAUUUGUUCUCUCUCCAUAAGCCCUGUGAUCCUCAGUCACCCCCUUUUACCCUUUAUUUAAACCUCUUAUUGUGCCUUCUCUCUGUUUUCUCUUCUCUCUGUCUGUCUGUCUGUGCUGGGACCGUGUGUUAUGGUGGACACUGUUGCCCACUCUGUGUAAUUAGAGUUUCAGGUACUACAUUGAGUUUAAUGAUGAUGAUAAUAAUAUGACAUAAUAUAAUUAUACUGAAACAACAUGUCUGAGUCGUGUUUGUGUUAUAUAUAGGAGCAUAUCUUGUGAUUUGCCCACCCACAUAUAAA